ACGCCCGAACAACCGUUCAGUUUGACUUAGACCCACCGCAACCCACGACACGCGGCCCGUCGCCGAUCGGUCCGCCAUCACGUGCUCGUCGAAAUUUUUAUCGGGUUAGGGUUAACUGUACAGAGUUAAAAUAAUAAUUGUAAUAUUUCGUUUUUUGAGCUUCGGCCGUGACGCACGGCUGACGUUAUGCACGUGUCGUUACGUCCACUAUUAUAGACGAAUCGCAGAGCCAGCAACGAACGAAUAAUAAUAUCGUACGUAGCACAACUCGAAUCGCAUGUGAUUUUCAUCCAAUCGAAAAACGAACGAGCGACGCGAUUCGUCGUUGUGUGCCCCGGUCGAAAGAUCCAGGAAUUCACUGGAAAUUCAAAACAAUGAAAUCGACAACCGUACUCUACAGAUACAAUGAUAUCAGUCGUAAAAACGGUUUUUACAGUCUCAACAUAAGACAUGCGGCGAUUACCGGAGCUAUUUACACGUUGAAUAUUUCUGUAUUAGUUGUACUAAUAUACAGUUGGAUGAUAAGUUCAAACAUGAAAAAUGCAGUUCAUCUUCAAGAUGUAUUUUAUGGUGUUCAAAUCGCGUACUCGGCCGUAAUUGGAACAAAUUUGUUCAUCUUCGCUGCCAGUGUCAUAUUACUCCUUGGAAUCGUCAAAGAACGAGUAUCCCUAAUCGUACCUUGGAUUGUCGGUCUCAUAACUUUCAUGGCACUCGAAGCGGUUGCCAUUGUUUACUCAAACGUACUCAGAGACCAUGUAAAUAAGAAAUUCGACUCGUUCUGCAAAAUCGAAGUGACGUUUUACUUGAUACGGGCAGUACUAAAUGUGUUGAGUCUAUUAAGCGUGAUAAAGUUCUACAAUAUGGUGCGAUUGGGAGUAACGUGGAAAGGUCCAGAAACCAUUGAACUGUGAUGUAAAAUUUCGGGACCAGGACGUUAUCCCGGUUCCAUAUCUUCGGCAGAAGACACUGACACGACUCUAUCCUCGAGCAUGGACGAUUUCUUAUAAUGAACACUGAUAAAGUGAUAACUAUUAUGUAAAUGUUGUUGUAUAUUUGUUUUGGUUGAAAAUAAUUUUUGAAAAAACCCGCAAUGAUAAAUAAAAAAAUACAUUUUAUUUUUACGCUA